UAUUAUUUUUUACAUUACAUUACAUUACAUGUCAUUUAGCAGACGCUUUUAUCCAAAGCGACUUACAAUAAGUGCAUCAACCAAGAGUACAAACUCAGAACAACAAGAGUACAGAAAGUAACAUUUCCUCAACAUAGUCAAACUACAAAAGUACCAUAAUAAGAGCUAUUUAAGUGCCACUGAAGUGCAAAUCUGCGUUUUAAUCCAGAUUUAGUCGGAAAAGACUAUUUUCUUGCCGCAGCAGCAAUAUAUUUUUUUUACAAAUAUCCAAUAUAAUAAAAAAAUAUCAGGGCAUGAUGCAUUUAAGAAGUUAAAUAAUAAAGGAAAUGAAAAUGUAAAAACAAGGACGUGUGCAUGUUGCUGAACGCAGAUAUUCAAUGUGAAGUGCGUUAAUAAACGAUCAGGAUGUUUCUAAUCGUGCUCUCCCUCUCAGGUUCACUGCUCAGCCGCUGGUUGAGACCAUUUUUGAGCGAGGAAUGGCGACGUGCUUCGCUUACGGACAAACAGGAAGUGGAAAAACACACACGAUGGGAGGAGACUUUUCGGGAAAGACCCAGGUCUGCGCUAAAGGGGUCUACGCGCUCUCGGCCAGAGAUGUUUUUGUGAUGAUGAAGAAGCCAAAUUACAAGAAGUUGGAUCUUCAAGUAUUUGCCACGUUCUUUGAGAUUUACAGCGGGAAGGUGUUCGACCUGCUGAACCGUAAGGCCAAGCUGCGGGUCCUGGAGGACGGGAAGCAGCAGGUGCAGGUGGUGGGGCUGCACGAGAAGGAGGUGAAGUGCACCGAGGACGUCCUCAAGCUCAUCGAACUGGGAAACGGCUGCAGGACUUCCGGUCAGACCUCGGCCAACGCGCACUCGUCUCGGAGCCACGCCGUCUUCCAGAUCCCCCUCCGCCGGCACGGGAAGUUCUCCCUGAUCGACCUUGCGGGGAACGAAAGGGGGGCGGACACGUCGAGCGCCAGACGCGCCUCCAGGCCAGCCGAGAUCAACAAGAGCCUGCUGGCCCUGAAGGUCUCAUCAGUAGUAGAAUAUUUUAAUGUCUGAUUAAAGGCAUUAUUUAAAAGAAAUAUGUGGUAUUUAAUCCAGGAAAUGAACAUAAGUGAGAACGCCGAUCAAAACCGAUAAUGGGAAUAUCGGCCGAUAUGGAUCGGUGCAUCCCUAGUAAAUUAGUAUUACUGUCAUUUUAAAGCGGCAGUCCGGGUCCAUUCGCUGUGUCCAACCAGCUGAGGAAACAUCUGUUGAGCACCAUCAUGAAAACAAGUGCGACAGACUGGGAAUAAAACACGAGAUCCCCUCUGUGGUCGUCCGGCCCCUCCUCCACUGUGAUUGGACGGCUUAGUUUAAAUGUUUUUCUAAGUUAAACAUUUUUCAACUCUCCACCACCAGAAGAAGAAAAAAACACCAGAGUGUUGUAGUGUGCUGUAAAUACGCAGCGUUUCUAUUGCAAACCAUUAAAACAAAUAUGCUGGCCUCCAUCUGUGAGACUCCCCACUUUCAUUUCUUCAUAAAAUAAGUCUCUUCAGGAGCCCUUUCCUUUUUUAAAA